UGCAAGCCUCAUAAAUAUACUACAUUUUCAAAGUUUUUCUCUGGUGACCCUAUUUUCAGAGGAAGCAUUGUCAAUGGUGGGGCUUACAGUUCCGAAGUAACGAUCUCCAAAUUCACCCAUGCCUGGCAUCACAUGUAGAUCCUUGUUGAGUGACCUAUCUAUCUCAGAUGUCACUAUUUUCACUCUCGAAAAUUUUUCACAUACUUCACGUAACCCUUGAGGCGCCUGCAAAAGAAUGGCCAAGUUAAUGUGGGGGCUGUGGAAGCGGAGGAACUCAGUCGUCUGGGACGGGGAAUGGCAAGGAGCUGCAGCGGUCCUAAGCUGCUGCACUAAUGUUUGGUCCGCAUGGCAACAGGUGCAAAAGUCAGGGAAGAAGUGGAGGGGUCCAGGGAGAAUUCAGGAGGAUAAAUGGCAACGACCGAAAGCGGGAGCAAUUAAGAUGAAUGUGGACGCGGCUGUCAAUGAAGCAGGGGAAAUUAGAGCGUGGGGUUGGGUUGCCAGAGACGAGCAAGGAGAAUUUCUCAAAGCCCAUGGUGGUUCGUGUAAGGCGGCAGAGCCGGCGUUUAGCAUGUUCAACAUGCUCUACAGAACAGGGCCUCCCGAUUUCUGGGGACCCAAUUCUUUAAAAAAUUAUUAGUAUUACAUAGUAAUAUUAGAAAUAAAUACUAAUCAAUAAAAUAAAGUUUUU